AUGCAUAAUUCGAUUCCUCUCCUCCUAACCCUAAUCUCGAUUUCCCAAUUUUCAACCCUCCCGUCGCCGUCCCUCGCCGGCCAUCGCUCCCUCCUCCAAAACUUCGCCGCAUGUCCCCUGACCUUCGACUCCCUCCGCCGUCUUCCCCUCCCCGAUCUCGACAACACCCGCUCCCGCUGCCAUUACAUCAUCCAGGGCCUCCGGCUCGUCCUCUCCGAGCACCUCCGCCGCACCGGCUCGUUCCUCCCCUCUCCGGACUCCGCCGAGCCGUGCUGGGACGCGUACGGGUCCGUCGUCGGCGGCUACCUCCCGAAUUUCGACAUCCGCCGCCGCUGCGGGUUCCGGACAGACUGGAUCUCCCGCGGAUGCAUGAACCUCACCUCCCGAUCCGACUUCGAGGCCGUCGUUCCGCCGUCGGCGCUGGGCGGCGUAUCCGCCGCCUGCAACCAGUCCCUCCUCGACGGCUCCCCCUGCGCCUCGUGCACUACCGCACUCUCAAACCUCCACGCUUCAUACCUCCCCGGGCCAUCUGCCGGAAACCUCUCCGACUGCACUUCUUACCCUUUCAUCUACGCGGCCGCCUUCAGCAACCGUUUUGGGCCGUCUGAUCCAGGUACCGCCGCCUGCUUGUUCAAUCUCGAUUUCGAAUCUACAAAUACUGGUCAUCACCGGAGAAAACAACAAAUCGUGAUUAUUAUUAUCAUCAUCCUUGUGGUUUUCUCUGCCAUGGCUUUAAUUCUGUUCCUUUUCCGGCGCCGGAAAAUGAACACCGGAAAGCCAAACCCCACGAACACCGAUCUUGACUCAACCUCUCUACUCGACUCGCUGAACGCAAGCACGAGCCUAAUCCAUUUCACGUUCGACGAAAUCAAAACGGCCACUCGGAACUUCUCGAGGCACAACAUAAUCGGCACAGGAGGAUACGGUUACGUAUUCAAAGGCACUCUCCCGAUUAAUGGCUCGGAAGUAGCUUUGAAAAGGUUCAAGAACUGCUCGGCUUCAGGUGACGCUAGCUUCACACACGAACUCUUGAUCAUAGCAAGUGUUCGUCAUGUAAAUCUAGUCGCGUUAAGAGGCUACUGCACUGCAACGACUCCUCUCGAGGGCCACCAGAGGAUAAUCGUGUGCGACCUAAUGAAAAACGGGAGCUUGCACGACCAUUUAUUCGGUUCGGCUUCGACCGAGAAAAGGAAAAGGCUCGAUUGGCCCGUACGCCACAGGAUAGCGAUUGGUACGGCUCGAGGAUUAGCUUACUUACAUUACGGUGCGCAACCCGCAAUCAUUCACCGAGAUAUAAAGGCCAGCAAUAUACUCCUGGACGAGAAUUUCGAGCCCAAAGUAGCCGAUUUUGGGCUGGCUAAGUUCAGGCCCGAUGGCAUGACCCACCUCAGCACCCGAGUUGCCGGGACUAUGGGAUAUGUUGCUCCGGAAUACGCUUUAUAUGGUCAGCUGACUGAAAAAAGCGAUGUAUAUAGCUUUGGGGUUGUGCUGCUCGAGCUUUUGAGUGGGAAAAAGGCGAUUUUGUCGGGCAAAGACGGGCAGCCGUAUCUGGUGGGUGAUUGGGCUUGGGCUUUGGUUCGGAAAGGACGGGCCCUUGAUGUGGUUGAGAAGGGAAUGCCGGAUUUGGGCCCUCGGGAAGUGGUGGAAAGGUUUGUUCUUGUGGGUGUUUUGUGUUCGCAUCCUCAGGCAUAUGCUCGGCCAACGAUGGAUCGGGUUGUGAAGAUGCUGGAAAUGGAUGUGAUUGUGCCGGGAAUACCCGAGAGGCCAAUCUCGUUGAUUGCGAAUAUGGGUGAUAUAGAGAGGUCGGUUAGUAGUAGUAGCGGGUCGGGAAAUCUGUCGACGCGAGGUGGGUAUCAGGCGUACACUUUCCAGGGAGAAGAUGAAGGAGAUGGAUAG